AAAUGAAUAUCAUGAACUUGUUAAAUUCUGUUGAUGACGAGCAAUAUUCAUCACCUUCAUUUUCUGCGGAACAUGAUUAUGACCCAGAAGUAGAUGCUUACAUGAUUCUUCGACUACUUAGUUGUCCGUCAUGUGGAUGCCUCUUUAGUGACCCUGUUACCCUUCCUUGUGGAAAUACUUUUUGUAGUAGAUGUUUAUCAACUUCUACAAAUAAGAGACUUGAAUGUCCUGUAACAGGAUGUAAUCGUCUUCAUGGAAUAGAUAUAAGAACUGAUGUAUCUGUAUCAAAAUUAACUGAAAUAUGUCGUAGAGAAUUAACUGAUCUCAUUCCACAUGUUUCUCAACCACGACGACAAUUACAAUAUCGACUAAAUCAUUUAUAUGAUAUUGUUGACGAUGAUGAUUGCUCUUCCCGUGAAAAUGUUCCUUCUUUUUCUCUAUCGGAUUCUAAUAUUGUCGAUGACUUUACUAGUGAUGAACUUUUAUUAAAAGAAUUAGAAUGUCAAGUUUGUUAUCAACUUUUUAUGGAUCCUAUAACUACUCCUUGUGGUCAUACUUAUUGUAAAUCUUGUUUGACUCGUUCUUUGGAUCAUAGUGAUAGAUGUCCAUUAUGUAGAUAUCAACUUCAUAACUAUAACUCGGUUCUAAACCAACCAAUUAAUAAGACCGUUAAUAUUUUUAUAUCUCAAUUAUAUCCUUCUCUACUUGCCGAUCGUAGACAAUCGGCUCGUAAUGAACUUUAUGAUGAUACUCAAGAUACUCCUAUAUUUGUUACUUCUCUAGUAUUCCCAAAAAUGCCUUGCUUUCUUCACAUUUUCGAACCAAAAUAUAGAUUGAUGAUUAGGAGAUGUUUAGAAUCUCGUCAAAGACAAUUUGGCAUGGUUCUAAAACGUGGUGAUAGUUAUGUAGAAUAUGGAACUAUGUUGGAAAUUCGUUCUACCGAAUUUUUAAACGAUGGUCGUUCAUUAGUAGAAACUAUUGGUACUUUUAGAUUUAGAGUUGUUGAACGAGGUAUUAGAGAUGGUUAUGACGUUGGAAAAAUUGAACGGAUAGAUGAUAUCACUCCUGAAGAAGAGUUGGCUAGAGAAAGAGCUGCUGUAAGAGCCGCUGAGAUUAAUAAUAGAGAUCCUUCUAAUCCUAUAAUGUAUGAACCUACAAUUUCUGAACUUAUUAGCAGUGCUCGUGAGUUUAUUGAAUCUUUGAGAAAUGGUUAUGCUCCGUGGCUAUUACAACGUUUAAACUCGACGUAUGGUGAUAUGCCUAGUGAUCCUUCCGAUUUUUCUUUUUGGGUCGCUUCGGUAAUUCCCAUCGAUGAAAGUGAAAAAUAUAGAUUGUUGGAAGAAAGAUCCGUUAGAGAAAGAAUGAAGAUGAUUGUUCAUUGGAUCGACCAAUUAAAGGAACAAUGGUG